AUGCCUCGCCGGAGGAGGAGCGGCGGCACCUUCUGUGUCCUCGAGGAGGACGGCUGGCGUGUUAAGGGCAUCUCCACGCUACACAUCCAGCAUGUGCACCGAGGCCUCCUGAACCGGCGCAUCGUGUGCCGCGUGCAGACGCCUGUGGGGGACGACCAGGGCUGUGUCUGGCUCACACAAGCGGAGGUGGGUCCCCUGCAGCGAGCCUUGGAGUGGUUCCUGGGUCCCUGCCUGCUGCUGCUGCUGCUGUCGGUGUGUGUGUACUGCUGUAGGCUGGAGCUGCUGCUGCUGUAUCGAGACCUGAGGACACGUUUCAGGACAGGGCACCAGGUGCCAUGUGAGAAGCUGUAUGACGCAGUGGUGACCUGUGUCAUACAGUCCCCGAGCGGCCUGGCCCCGUCUGAGCUCAGCCACUUCAGCCAGCAGCUCCUCCCGCGGCACCUGGAGGACCACUGGGGCUACAGACUGUACAUCCAGGGGAGAGAUGACUGUCCUGGAGAGGCCCUGCACGACGCCCUGUCAGCUGUGGUGCAGAGCAGUCGCCGCCUGCUGCUGCUGCUGUGUGGCUCCGAUUCUCUGGGGGCGCCACCUCUGAGCCAGGAGCUGCAGCCGCUGUGCUACGAGCAGAGCGUAGGGCUUUACGACGCACUGACGCACAGGGAGCCACGGGUUGUGCUGAUUGAGAUAUCUGCGGAGGACGGGCUGGGAGGCUAG